AUGACUGGAUGGUUUUCAUCAUCGGGCGUGGCGCAAAUGGUCGUACUCGUGCUUUUCGAAGCCGCCUACUUUGCCCUGCAUAUCUUCCGGCAACCUUACGCAUCCCGACACGUUAACUUUCAACAGAUCCUCUUUGGCGCAUUCCGGCUUGUGAUUACGCUGCUCAACAUUACCUAUGUGGACACACUGAACAUCCUUGAUCGCAAUAAGCAGGCGGUCGCAUAUACCCAAGUGACACUCCACUGCAUUGUCUUUCUUUUGAUGUUUGCAUUUCCUAUCCGCAAUCUGGUCGUGCUGCUUACGGGAUUGGCGGAUGAUGAAAUCUAUGAAGCAGGUGCUCCGCCUGCAAGGAUGGCCAUCUGGCGUCGCAAACGAACGUUCGGACGGCGAGAAAUGCAUCAGCGUGUGCCUGCAAACGACGAA